UGAAACAAGAUUUUGUGAUGUCAAAGCUCCUGAGUAACAACAACACUGCACCUUCUCACUUCCAGUUUCUGCUUCAAUUUGAGGCAGAAGAGGAUUUGAUACAGGAAAAGACUUAAGGCGUCUCUCAUGUGGAGUAGUGUGACAGAGGUGGAGGAAAGCGGUCUUGGUUAGGGACCAGAUGUGCGGUAGAAAGGACGAUUGAAGAUUGAACCUGACACCUACAUUAAGUACAGGUUCAAUAAGUCUGAGGUUGGAGCCGCAGUCAAGAGAAGAAGAUGACUGAUCGUACAAUGGAAGUGAAUGAAGGAUCGGCAUGCGGCAGCUCAAAAUCUGUGACCAUUUUCAUUAAUUCACCAAAUGAAUGUCAGGGUGCUGGAAACAAAACCAAGCAUACUGUGCAAAUUAACCUGACUGCUACUGGGAAAGAUCUGAGAGCAAGAGUCUCGGAUUUGGUUAAGAUAGAACAAGAAUGCAUUGAGCUGAUAUACUGCGGCAGGAAUCUUGAUAUGGAAAAACCUCUGUCGGAACAGAAAAUAGUCGACAAAGCAAGAGUUCGGGUGAAAAAGAUAGACAUGAAAGCAAGAGAGGAGGAGCGCUGCCUGUCCAGGAUAAAGAAAGGAGCAGAUCUACUGGUUCAGCGAGGUCAGUGGUCAGGUGAAAAUUUUGAAAAGACCUAUUUAAAAAUUACAAAUGAGAAAUUGGAAGUUGUUGAGGUCCCAGAAAAAGAGCGGGUGGCCAUUUUAACAGCCUUGGUUCUGCACGAAACAGCCCGAGAUUACAUGAAGCCGGAGAAGCAGGACUGGACCAGAGCCCUGAAAUUUUUGAAGUUUGCAGAGGAAGCAUUUGGUGAGUGCAAUCAGGACUAUAUCAAAUACAUCGAUAAUAAUGGAGUCCUCAAUCUAGACGUACUUUGGUGUUACAUGAAGCUGGAGAAACAACCUUCCCUUGAAGAAGCAAACAAAAGAUUGGAAAAUGCUGAGAUGUACCUGAAAAAUACCUUUGAGAAAAACACGGAGUCAGAUCAGGAACAUGAGCAGGAAAACAGUGUGAGAAAGAAGAUACUGUUCUUGCAAGUGCACAUUCUCUGGGGAGUGCUGUUCUCCUACAGGAGCAUGAAGAAGGAAGCUCUUGAUAAUUUCCAUAAGGCAGAGAAGUUGUGUGACGAGCUUCGGUUGGAUGACUGCGACUUUGCCCAACUCAGGCAUGGAGGGCUGACACGUCAGGAGGCUCGGCUGGGUUUGCGAGCCUGUGGCGGUGACCUGGGGAAAGCUAGAGAGUUUAUUCAGCAAAGGAGACAGCGAAUUGAACAGCAAAGACUGGAUUCUUACAAAGGCAAAAGAGACCGUACUGAGGUGAUGGACGUGGGUGAUUCAGAACAUACAGCAUCUCAGACCUUGCAACCUAACCAGGCCACACAGGUUUGCGGUCAACUCAAUGGAACUUCAAGUUCACAAACCACGGAAGCUGCAGAUGCACUGAUGCUUGUGGGUGCACGUGUACAGCCAGUCCUAGCACCCAAUCCCACCAACGUGUCCGAAGCAGACACCCAGGAAAGGCCAGAGGAUGAGGAGGCCCUUAUCAAAGAAAUCUUGCAGCGCUUACCGGCUAAUGGAGACUCUUAUAUUGAUCUGUCGCUUGAGGAGGAGCAAGCAGUCCUUGCGCAAUACAUGACUAAGCUCAUAGACUCGGAGACCAGACAAUAAUCAACACCUGCCUGAACACCAUCCACCCAACUCCUGCACAGAUCAUUGCUUCCUGCCAACCCCAGCCCUGAAAUUCCCCUGUGGUCUUAGCCUUAAAAGACAAAUUCAUUGUCUUCAUAUGUGAGAUGUUGCAGGGUUCGAGACUGAACGCUUUGAAAUAUUGAUUCAGCCCUUAAUGUGGAAGAGACUAAAUGUGAAAGUAUGUCCUGACUGUCUAGCGCCUUGGAAUGUCUACCUGAUGUGAAAAGCGCUACACAAAUAUGAAUUGUUAUUUGUUGUUGUGAAAGGUCUGCUCGUAAAUGUGAAUUGUACUGUGUUGUCUCCCGCCUCCGCCACAUCGUCGAGCUCCGCCACUGUAUCUUUCUUCAGGCAGGCAAAACCCUCAUUUAUGCAUUAUAUCUUUCCUUGAACACGGCAAGCUCGUCAGCCUUCCCAUCUCUUCCCUCCACAAGCUGCAGAUCAUACAGACCU